AUGGAUGAUGCAGAGAAGAAGGCCCUCGCCUUAUUGAAGGAGAAGAUCUUGAAAGAAGCAGCAGCUUCUCCUUCAAAGCCUCCAACAGGUGCACCUAAACCAUGUGAUUACUCAAACCAUCCUUUAUACCUUCACCAUUCUGAUCAACCGGAUGCCAUAUUAGUGCCCCAAGCAUUGAUGGAAGAUAACUAUGAUGAGUGGAGUGGAUCUAUGAGCGCGGCUUUGACGAUCAAGAAUAAGAUCGGAUUUGUCAAUGGCUCUAGCACUCGACCAACUGAUCAAAACGAUGAGCAACAACAAUGGGCCCGUUGUGAUGUGUUAGUCAAGACUUGGCUGACAGCUUCCAUGUCGAAGGAGAUUUCAAAGAGUGUCAAGCAUUGUAAAUCUGCACGUGCUGUCUGGACUGAGCUUAAGGAGAGAUUUGGACAAACAAACAUGGUUCAAUUGUUCAAUCUCGAGAACGCAAUUCAUACGUGUAAACAAGGCAAUGACUCGGUGACCACCUUUUACACAAAGCUCAAGAGUUUGUGGGAUGAAAGGGAUGCAGUAUGCGGCCUCACAGCGUGUAAUUGUGAAGAUGGAGUGAAAUUGGGUGAAUACGUCGAGAAUCAACAAACCAUGAAAUUUCUCAUAGGACUCAACGAUACCUAUGAUGCUUUACGCAGCAAUAUUGUCUCGAUUGAUCCUCUUCCCAAUGUCAACAAGGCGUAUUCAAUGGCAUUACGCCAAGAGAAGCAAGUCCAGGCUUCCAACAACACCAAAAUUGCUGAUGCUGCAGCCUUCUUGGUUCACAAGCAAGGCCGUGACACCGAGAAGGCCCCUUCUAGGGCUCCUGACCGAGCCCUUGCUCGAGGAAAAAGGCCUGCCAAUGCGGCCCGCUGGUGUGACAUUUGCAGCAAAGCACAAAGUAUGGCGUGA